UCUCCAUUUAGUAAAGAACAAACCAUGGCAUUACAAUCCGGCGUUGUCUUGGCAAAUGCCACAUUUGAAGAAAUCCUCGAUGACCUCUCCAGUCGCUUUAUUAUUAACGUUCCCGACGUCGAGCUCAAGUCAGUCGAGCGCAUCUGUUUCCAAGUGGAACAAGCUCACUGGUUCUAUGAAGAUUUUGUACGAGAGCUUAAACCAGAACUGCCAUCAUUUCAACUCAAGACAUUUUCUGCAAAAAUUUUCAAGCAUUGCCCUCUUUUACGCCAAUGGGCACAUGAGCAUGAGCGUGCUUAUGCUGACUUUAUGCAAUAUCGAUUCCGAAUCCCUGUUUGUGGAGCCAUUAUGAUCAAUGCCGCACUCGACAAAUGUGUGUUGGUGAAAGGAUGGAGCUCAAAAUCCGGAUGGGGAUUCCCGAAAGGCAAGAUCAACCAAGAUGAGGAGUAUGAUUGUUGUGCCAUCAGAGAGGUGUUAGAAGAGACAGGUUAUGAUGUAGAGCCGCUGUUGAAACAGCAAGAUUAUAUUGAGCUCACAAUGCGUGAACAAAGGAUUCGGCUGUAUUUAAUUGUGGGGGUCCCAGAAGAUACAGACUUUGUGCCUCGUACACGCAAAGAGAUUAGUGAAAUCGCAUGGUUCAAAUUCGAUGAAUUGCCAACCUACAAAGCAAUUAACAAUGUGCCCGAAGCCCACAUCAGAACGGGCGGCUAUCGAUUUUAUAUGGUAGUUCCUUUUGUGAGCAAGCUGAAACAUUUUGUGAGCCAGCGU